GGAGAAGGCCACCGGCGGGGGCGGCAAUGGCGUGUACUUGGAAGGGUGCCCCGGGUGCGCCGUGGACCGGCGGAAGGCGGAGAAUCCGGGGAUCCCGUACGGGAGCUUAGUCUACAUCUGGAUCGUCACCCUCUGCACAGUUCGUCUUGGCUUCCUCCUCUUCCUGGCGUACCUUUGGUGAUUCGAGAGCGAAAGGGCAUCCCUGUUCAUCUUGGCUUCCUCCUAUUAGGGAGAUUCGAGAGCGAAAGGACAUACCUUUGGUGAUUUCGGCGGCCGACGGACCCGGCGCUCGGCUCCAUUUUGGGCAUCUUCGCCUCUGGCGUUCUAGGUAGCAAUACAAGGUUUGGUUUUCCCUUUUCUUGAUUCGGUUCUUGGGGCCACGAUAAGACAAUCUGGCCGAGGGAAACCGGCAUUGCGCAUCGGCUGGCCUCGUCUCCGGCUUCGGGGCUCCAAUUGUUGUUUUGAGCAUUGACGGGGUGAGGAACGAAUUUGGUGGUUGCCGAUGGGGGAGGAGGGCACUUCGCCGUUGCUGAAGAAGGAGUACCACCCGGGUUGCCCCGGCUGCGCGUACGACCAGAAGAAGGACCUCCUGAGGGGGAUGCCUUACAAGGAGUUCUUGUAUGUCUGGAUGAUUUCUCUCACGGCCGCUUUACCAAUAUCAUCGCUGUUCCCCUUCUUGUAUUUUAUGAUAAGAGACUUGCAUGUUGCUAAAAGAACAGAAGAUAUUGGGUUCUAUGCUGGCUUUGUAGGUGCUUCAUUUAUGUUUGGUAGAUGCCUGACUUCAACAAUUUGGGGGAUAGCGGCAGACCGUAUUGGGAGGAAACCAGUCGUCAUGUUUGGCAUUUUCUCUGUGGUUGUAUUUAAUACUUUGUUUGGGCUUAGUGUCAGCUAUUGGAUGGCAAUAGCUACACGAUUUCUGCUUGGUGCUUUAAAUGGUUUACUUGGACCAAUAAAGGCUUAUGCUAUUGAAGUUUGCCGACCUGAACAUGAAGCUCUAGCAUUAUCACUUGUCAGCACAGCUUGGGGAAUAGGUCUCAUCAUUGGUCCUGCUAUAGGAGGCUACCUUGCACUGCCUGCAGAAAAGUUUCCAAAUGUCUUUUCACCUGAGUCACUAUUUGGAAGGUUCCCAUACUUGUUACCAUGCUUAUGCACAUCAGUAUUUGCUGCUGCUGUUCUCAUAAGCUGCAUAUGGAUGCCGGAGACUUUGCACAAGCAUAAAGUCAAUGACAAUGGAAAUAAGAGCAUUGAAGCUUUAGAAGCUCAUCUGAUUGAUCCAAAAGAAAAGGUUGAACAAAGUGGCAGUUUGAAUACCAAGAAGAGCUUAUUCAAGAAUUGGCCAUUGAUGUCAUCAAUAAUUAUCUAUUGUGUCUUCUCCUUUCAUGACAUGGCUUAUACAGAGGUGUUCUCUCUAUGGGCUGAAAGUGACAAGAAGUAUGGCGGACUGAGUUUAUCGUCUGAGGAUGUAGGUCAAGUGCUUGCUGUUACAGGUGCCAGUCUUCUUGUAUAUCAACUCCUCAUAUACCCUCGCAUCAACAAAGUUCUUGGGCCUAUCAAGUCUUCUCAAAUUGCAGCUAUCCUGUGCAUACCCAUCCUCUUUGCCUACCCCUAUAUGACAUACCUGUCAGAACCUGGAUUAUCAAUCGUUCUGAACAUUGCAUCGGUGAUAAAAAAUAAUCUUGGUGUUACCAUCAUUACGGGCACUUUCAUCCUUCAAAAUAAUGCUGUGCCUCAGGACCAAAGAGGAGCUGCAAAUGGAUUGUCCAUGACAGGGAUGUCCUUUUUCAAGGCAGUUGCUCCAGCAGGAGCAGGCAUUGUGUUCUCUUGGGCACAGAAACGCCAGCAUGCCUUUUUCUUUCCAGGUGAUCAGAUGGUAUUUGUCCUUCUGAAUGUCGUCGAGUUGCUUGGACUUAUCCUCACAUUCAAACCCUUUCUGGCCGUGCCAGAGCAAUCAGAUAGAGAUUAGUUUCUUCAUCUAUAGAAGUUUCGGAAUGUUCAAUGGAGCCGGUCAAAUGGAGUCCAGCUCCAUUGAGGCAAAGGGCUUGAGUGUGCCCUUACACUAGGAGGGUCUAUGAAGACCUGAAGGAGCAAUAGUUGUUUGCUUGUAAUUGUAAGUCAAAAAUGUAUGUACUAGCUGCAUUUCAGAAGAGGAAAUGUAUAGUUGGUAAAUGGUGGAAAAUCUAUCGCCUGCUUUUGAUUGGGCAGGCAUUUAUGGCGACUUGCUGCAUUGUAAGUAGCAGCAAUGUAAGAGACAGCAACCCAAGAUUAUUUAUUGGAAAUGAAAUUAGUAGUGCUUGUUUAUCUGGCAAAA